AUGGCCUCAUCAUCCAAGCCAUCGAACUUCCUUCUCUAUUCCUGUAUAGCACACCGCACAACAAUCCUCGCCGAGCACUCUGCACCAGGCUCCUCAUCUACCGCUGCCUCGUCCCUAGCCUCCAUAAUCCUCCCCAAGAUCAGCCAUGACCAAUCCCAAAAGCUCACCUACACCCACGAGCGCCUUUUCGUGCACUACAUCUCCGAUUCUCCAACCGGACCCCCCGAAUCCUCAACCACAGAGCCCUCUUCUUAUGCCCCACUAAGCUACAUCGUCGUCGCAACCGCCGAACAAGGCCGACGCAUCCCCUUCGCCUACCUCCUCGAGAUGAAGCGCAAGUUCCUCGCCACAUACCCGCCGUCCAACACAGAUUUCGCAUCUUUGCCAGCGUAUGGCUGCGCAGCUUUCAACUCAGAUCUCCGCUCGAUGCUGCAGACCUUCAAUACGGCCCCGCCGGCAGAUUCGCUCGCCUCGGCGAGGAAGGAGAUCGAUAGCGUGAGGGACAUCAUGACUGAGAAUAUCGAGAGGGUGUUGGAGCGCGGGGAGAGGAUUGACUUAUUGGUUGAUAAGACGGAUCGGCUUGGCGGCAGUGCGCACGAUUUCCGUGUGCGAAGUCGCGGGUUGCGCAGGAGGAUGUGGUGGAAGAAUACUAAGUUGAUGGUGCUUUUGGGUGUUGUGGUUGUGUUCCUGGUUUAUCUUUUUGUCGGAAUGGGGUGCGGAUUACCGGGUUGGGGGAGGUGUGUUGGUUGA